AUGCGUUGUGCGGUCCCUGUCGAAGCGCGUUCCGCUGGCAGAAGGGCUGCGAUGGAGUCGGGGGUCGAGGAACUGAUGCCCCGCCUUUUGCCUGUGGAGGACUGUGACAUCUCGGAGGAUUUCGACCCGGCCGUGCCCCCCAGGACCCCCCAAGAGUAUUUAAAGCGGGUCCAGAUUGAAGCUGCAAAAUGCCCAGAUGUUGUUGUGGCUCAGAUAGACCCCAGAAAACUGAAAAAGAAACAGACAGUGAAUAUUUCACUCUCAGGAUGCCUCCCUGCCCCUGAAGGAUAUUCACCAACUCUGCAAUGGCAACGACAACAAGUGGCUCACUUUUCAGCCGUUCGCCAGAGUGUGAACAAACACAGGGACCACUGGAAGUCCCAGCAUUUGGACAGUAACGUUACGAUCCCCAAACCAGAUGACGAAGAAGCCUGGAAAAAAUUUUGUCUGGGUGAAAAGUUGUAUUUAAAUACAGGUGUUCAAGUAUCCAAUGAUGAAAAUCAAGGAAUUGAUUAUGUACAGGUUGGCUUUCCUCCAUUGCUGAGCAUUGUUAGCAGAAUGAAUCAGGUGACAGUAACCAGUGUCUUGGAAUAUCUGAUAAACUGGUUUUCGGAGAAGGAAUUUACUUCAGAACUGGGCAGAUGGCUUUAUGCUUUGCUGGCCUGUCUUGAAAAACCAUUGUUACCAGAGGCUCACUCCCUGAUUCGGCAACUGGCGAGAAGAUGCUCUGAAGUGAGAGUUUUGGAGGAGAACAAGAAUGAAGAAAGAGUAUCAGCUCUGAACUUGUUAAUUUGUUUAGUUGGCAGGUACUUUGACCAGCUUGACCUGGCUGAUGAGCCCUCUUGAUAAAGUCUGGAGAGCAAAGAAGCAUGGGCUGUCAUGAUAGUUGUG